UGGAGCAAGCACCCAUGCAAAGCAACGACUUGAGUUUCAUUUGAACUCACGAAUAUUGUGGACACAGUUGGACAUAAAAGCCAAAGACAUGCAAGUGUCUCUUUUCAGGGCAGCAGCAGCUGUCUGCCUGUUCCUGAUCCUUUGCCUGGACAGAACGCAGGCGCAAGAGAACACAAUGCUGCAGGUACCGCCCUCGCUGGUGGAAUGCUACAAUACGUCGUACUUUAUGAAUCGCGAUAAUCGCCUCCCCGCCAAUAUCGACACACUCAUCUCAUUGAUCGAGAAAGUGGAAAAUAACUAUGACAUAGCUCAGGAUAUCCGCCAAAUUGCCGUGAGCUUGCUGUAUCGUUUCCGUCAGGAUGGCAUCCGACGUGCGCAGAAUGUGGCCCUCAGCGAUGGUGUCAUACCUUUCAGCCCGACGGGCUUCCAGUUUCCCAAGUUUCGCAUACUCCUCUCAAGACUGCUGUCGGGCAAUGCCCAAACGUUUCCCAACAGCACAUUGACGAGAGUGGAGCGCUGUUCCUUGCACUUUAUGCUCUCUAGCACCUUUGAUACUAGAGUGCGUGGGGACGAAAGCCAGGUUUGCAGCCGCCUGUCCCAAUAUGUUUCCCACCGCCUGCCUCGUUCCGUGAAGAAUCCGAGCCAGAGCAGCAAUUUCAUCAGCGAUGCCGAGUGGGUGGAUGUACGUCAGAAGCGUGGCCCCAAAGUCGGAUCCAAUUAUCAGCAGUUCGGCGAGCUAGACUACAAUGAUGCUGACUGGACCUAUUCCAGCACAGAUACCCAAGGUAGCCAGUGCCCCGUCGAGGAUGGUGUCAUACGCACGCCUUGGGGCACGGUGUCAGCGGGUACGCUGAUUGCGGGCAUCGCUACUGGCCUUCAACAGCAGACGGUACAGCUACAGACCCUGCUGGCGCUGGCCACACAGCGACGCGGACGCCCACAGCAGCAGGUAACCACCGUCAGUAUUGACAAUCGUUGGGCCGCUACCCUGGCAGGAGACUUGGCCGAGGUUGCUCUGGUGCAGGUGCCUAUGACAACUAACAAUGUGGCUUCGGUUGGAGCUACAGGCGGCUGGAACGACACUGUGCUUCCCCACUGGUAUUUCCUCUCUCAACGCACCAAUUUGGAGGCCACUGAUGCUGAGAUACGCGGAGGCCUGGACGGUCUGAUCAUUGCCAUGAACGUAGCCAAUUGGCGUACGCAGGCGUCUAGUCUAAAGCUGUCCCAGCUGCUACGCAUGUACUACUCCCAGACGGGUGUGCUCAACUCAGGCAUUAUGGCCUGCACGCGGCAGGAACAGUUCCCUACUGUGGCGCCAUCUGAUCAACUGGCCCUCCAGACGUCGGCGUUUGCCCAGGUGCUGGACGGGGCAAUGCAGCUGCGAGUCACACUGCAGCCCAGCGCAAUCACCACAUUCGCCGAAACCGCCACAUCCGCGUUGGUCACCUAUGUGCCGCAAUCGCUAAACGAUGUGGCCUGCUCGGCCAGCAGCACACAAGACCUAGUCGAUGUAAUAACCCCCAUGACCAACCUCUAUGUCUUUCUGGAUACCUCCUGGCAAUACAGCACCAUUGUCGACUACGUGGCCUACGUUCUCCAGCAGCUGAACAUCCAUCCUUAUGCCAGUAAUGUAACUAUGCUAUCGGCCUACGAUGGCUCGAUCAUUGUCAAUACGACAAACUACAUAACCGAUGUGUACCAGAAAUGGAACGUUACCACACAAGCCCAAUUCACGCAGGGCUUUAAUUUGCCAAAUGUGCUGCGCAAGAUUCAAAACCUGACCCAAACUCUCAUGAAUGGGGAAAAGACCAACUCAAGUCUGAGCGCCCAUUCGCUAGUCGCGCUCAUUAUCCCCAAUCAGGCAACCGUUAGUGACGGCGACUCCUCCUUUGCCACGACCCAGCUGCAAUACAUAUAUGAGCAGAUUCCUGACCUGCGAUUUAUCUACUAUGGUGGUGGCAGUAUUCAGCGCUUCUCCAGCUUCGUGCGCGACUCUUCGCGCGAUCUCUUCCAACUGCAAUUGGGUAGCUCCGUACCCACCUCGGCUGGACCCGUUGCCACUCGCAUUGCCAAGAUACCGCGUCGCAUCAUCAACCCUCGCUGCGGAUCCAGUUGGAUCACACCCAAUUGGGGCACCGAUCAGAUUGCGCAAUAUGAACGGCCCGGUGUGGUAAAUUUCUACCGCGUUGCCUCUAAUUACUUCUUUGGAAAUGGCGCGAAUCGUGUAUUGACCAUUCAAUCCCAGAGUGGCGGCACCUUCACCAUCUGCACAUCGCGCACCAACGAAUGGCCCAUUCAAAACUCAACCACCACUGGCAGCAGCAGCUCGACAAGUCAGACCUGUGUCCAGAUUACGAGCAACUCCUACACCUACGAUCUGUCCACUGCCUGCGAUGGCUACUAUACCAUCACGCAAUGUCCGCCUCUCUAUCUGUCGGUGCAGACCGCCUCGGUUUCGAACGGUGGCCAGCAGACUGUAUCCUGCACACAAAACGCCUGCCAAACGCCCGAUCAAUGGCAAUUCGUUGUCUCCAUGGUCAACAUGGGCUGCUAUAGUGGCGUGGCGGGCUUGGCCGCCAGCCUCUUCACCGUUAUCCUGGGCCUGGUGCUGCUGCAGUCGCUGCACUGAAUAGUGCCGGUAGUAUGUAUAAGUGGAGUCAGUUCAAAGUUACAAUCCCAAUCGUUACAGCAUUCAUCUUAAAUUAUUAUUAAUAUUUUUUAUCUAUUGUAAGCCUACAAUGCAAUAACAAUAAACUUUCAACCAUCAUCUAA